AUGGGGAUUAACAAUGCCUCCAAAAUCAACAGUAGCACUGUCGUUAGUAGUUUAGAUACUAGUGGAACCUCCUCAAAAUUCUUGACAUUAUGCAUAUUUUGGGUGCUAAUAGUAGUAGGGAACUCGCUUGUUAUUGGUGUACACCGUAUUUACCAAAGAAAGCAAAUCCCGGAUUACUUAAUACAGAUUCUUGCGGCGCUAGAUCUGAUCAAUGCAUUUGGUCCAGUUACGAUAUCAAUUGCUAUGUACAAGGUGCACCCGCACGGUUUCUUAGGCCUAUCAGACAAGACCUUGUGCUACUUCUACAACUCUGCCGCUACAAUGCUUCGCCUAUCUGCUUGUUUUGUAAUGACAGCAAUGGCCUUGGACCGGGCAAUUUCAGUUGACAUGCCAGUUUACUAUCGCGCAGUGCUGCAAAUGAAGACAGUUCAACGAUGGGUCGCGUUGUUGCUAAUUAUUGCCUUUAUUAUAGCCUGCUUGCCUUUGGCGGGAGCCUCAAGAAUUCUGCGGUAUCAAACUGUCUGCUCCUUCGAUUUUGGCAGCCCGUAUGCCGCUUUCAUAGCAAUCAUUGGAUACUUGCAGUUAGUCAUUGUACUUGUGUCUUACGUCAUUAUCCUCAAAGGCCUCUUCAACUUUGUAGAGCGACAAAUAGCUAGACGGGAAAACAGGAGCUUGGUGAAAAACAGAAACAUCAGGAUGAAACUUGCAGAUCGACGAAAGAGCAGUAGUGGCCUUGUCAUGAAAGACAUCAAAAGUUUCAGGGUUUGCAAAGAGUUCGCAAAAAUGACUGGACUUGUAUCGCUGCUAUUUUACAUAAGCUGGAUUCCAAUUGUACUUUCAAUAACAGUUCAGCUUAAAACUGGAAAAACAAGCGACAUCUUACAGCUUUUAUCCGCAAGAAUGUCUAUAACUGGCUCAGUAGGUAACCCGAUAGUAUACGCAUUACUUUCAGCCAAGUACCGCAAAGGAUACUGGUAUUGCAUACAAAAAGUGGCUUGCCUCUGCGGAGCACCAAAUCCUAAACAUCCCAGUAAAGAGAGUGCAAUAGCAUUGAUGCUUCUACAGAACAGACGUGUGACGCCACAGCAUCAAUGCUCGCCAUUUUACAUUACGGGAAGAGACCAACCAGUGCAGGAAAUACCAAUAGACAUUGGUUCAAGGAAACAAAUCGCAGAAGUAGCCUUCGAAAGCAACAUCGUGCGCUACAAAGAAAAAUCAAUGGAAGACCAGAAUUCAGAUGAAGAGCACGUUAACCAACAGGUUUCUAUCGCCAUCGAAAUGCAGACAGGUUUUGAUGGCGAUGCUGAAGAUAGUGACCACGGGGCUAAUGAUAUACUGCCUUCAAAAACACCUUUGCAUUUGGCAAUCAACGAGUCACACUCAGUACCUUCAGUUACGCGCCCAAAACGCCGACGGUUAAAGCGGAGAACGCAGAGCGAAGAAAUUCCAUCAAAUUGGAAGGGAAACAGGCCUUUAACUACAAGUGUAUACCUUGAUGUUCCGCGACCGUCGAUUGACUCCGACUGCCGUAGGGACAUUGAAGGUGAUACAGACUCAACGGACCUUGAGGCUGAUAUUUCAUCUAUAAGCAGCCGUAACGUAAGGAUACAUUUAACAGCUGUAAAUAGAGACAAGAUAACGCAGUAGUACAGGUGUUUACGCAUCAGGACAUAUAGCUAAGUGCCAAUAAUCAUACUUGCAAAAUCGAUAUUAACAUUCAUAUGCGAAUGCUUGGAAAAAGACUGCUAUAUGGGAAACGCUUAUAAGAGAUACACAUAGAACAAUAUAAAAAUGUUACGUUUAGUAUAAAGCAUAAUGCUUAGGUAAUUAUAGGUAAGAUGAGUUUAGAUCCCCUUUGUUUAGGGCUAUUCUACUAUCCAUUUGUCUGAACAAAUGAUUAGUGCAUCUUACGCACCUGCGCACUAGGGCGAAGGCUAACGGACAAAAUUUUCAUUUCGUGGCGCUUCAAAGCAGAAUUUAUUAUAACACAGCUGCAUAGUACAGACAACAGCAGAGUUAUCCUCACUCUUUCCAAGACACCUUUUUCUCUAAAAUGUCUUGUCUUUUUUCGAGAAUAGCUUAUUCCCUUAACAGCCAUUAAUGUUCCUACCACAGAGUUCGUUAUGCGAUGUAAAAAUAGCAUUAUUGAUUUUAACUGCGCAUGUGCAUAUGAUGCGAGAUUUUGAAAGCCAGUGGAUCUUCGAACAUAUACUGGUUGCCCCCCCCCCCCAAACAAUUACUUCUUUGAAACAUUACGUGUACAAAUGACGAAAUCGCGGACUCCUCACAAUUCUAAUUUUAAUGCAUUCGUUGAAGGAAAAGUUUUUUACGAUGAAAACUAAAUCGCUGUAGAGAAUGGUUUUUAUUACAACCAUCUGGAGAACUUCAGUUUCAUAAAAAAGGAGGCUAGUCUAAUUCGAUCUACAGCCGAUUCCAAAUGCCAAAUCAUAUGACAAACUGAGUUAAAAAUUGUAGGUAUAAAGUUCAUUAUCCCCAUUGAAUAAUUUCAAAUUUCACUUAAAAAAUGUAACCAUACUACUGAGAGUGGUUUUUUAUAUUAUCUAAGAUCUAAUACAUCUAUAUGAAUAUCCUCUGCAUUAACCUGCUUAUAACGCACCAAAUAGUUCAUUAAACAUUCUAAUUUUGUUUACGAAAUAGCACAAAAAUAUAUAUUUCAGAUUGUAUUGUGUUGUUUUAAAAAACAAAUAGGAGACUAUUUUACAAUAUCACUAUUAUUGAACAUGAAUUAAAUGUAUAGCAUAUUGUAGCACCAUUCCAGAGUACAUUUAAUAAGACACAAUGUAACGCUCAUUGUACAGGCCUUGUCACGCUUAAAUUCAUCAAUACAAACUUUACCUGUACAUUAUAGCAUGUGUCAACAGAAGUCUUAUUAUAAUUCGUUCACAUUACAUGAUAUACAUAUCUUGAACAGUUUUUGUGGCGGUACAGAACUUAAAAAUUGCUUUGAAAAAAGCAAACAUUUUAUUACAAAACAUGUUAAAAAUUUUUGCUUUCUUCAAAACCAUAUACACAAUUAGAUUGACAUGGCAUUCGCUACUGCUUUGACGACCAUUUCAUCAAAGUUCAAAGCUUUCGAGUACUUUUUGAGUUCUUUUUGGAGGUGGGUCACGAAAACAUUGAAUUGUUUACGAGUAUCUGGUUCGUAUGCAUGGCUGCCUGUAAGGAAAGUAACUAUAACUCGUUGGCUGAUAUACAGUGGGAUCUCAAUUAAUGGAAUCACAACCCCCCCCCCUCUAAAAACAGACACCUCUAUUCAAGGGGGACAGACACCUCUAUUCAAGGACCAAUGCCUCACAAAAGCAAAAAGCAGAUAUAAGAACACGCACAAACAAGAGGGGAAACUUUGCACCACCAUCCACAAGACAAUAGGUAUCUCCUUACAACAAGGAGCAACUUUGGUCACACCGGUUACUGACAAAUUGCAAUUUCAGAGUAUUUUAUCAAACCAUCGUGUAGACUUGCUACUCUUCUUAUCUCGAGUACCAAAUGCUAGCUAUAAGGUUCAGCUUUCUUUGACAGUAUUUUUCAUUUUAAGGUGCAAAACACAUGGGUGAUGAAUCUUCAUUUACAAUAUACACAUCUUUCAUUCAAUGUGAAACAAGAGAAAACGAGAAAAAAUUGCCUAUGAAAGAAAUGAUUCUACAGGUUUCGUUGCUAAUUUAUUCUAAAAAUUUGCAAAGCUGAAUAUAAUCUAGAGUUGCUAUUAGAAUUUUAGCAAAUAAAUCAAACGGUCGUUGUAGAGGAUAAUAUUUAGCAUUACUGCAUUUGAAGGUUUUAUUAAUCUUUAAGACAGCAAUCGUCUUCACCGCUGAGAAAGCAACGUUGAAUUGGCAAGAAGAAAAACAUGUUUUUGUUCUCAAUACCAUCAGUAGCUGGGCACAAAGGAUUCAGAAUAUUCAGAAUAUCCUUGAAAUUAUGCAAAAAUCAAGCUUACUGAGUCAAACACGCAGCUGUAAUAGGGUGGAUCAGCUAUUUUGAUCAUGAAUGCAGCAGAUCAACUGUGAGAAUGGACGGAUAACUGACCAUAAUAUUUCUUUAAAAUAAUCACAAAGCGAGACUGCCUGAUCUCAGCGUCGAGUUUUCCUAUUCAUACAAACAGUUGAGAUAAAAACAAGAUCUGACACGUUCUUGCACAUGUCUGCACUAUGGUAGCACGUUUACGAAGAUCGUAGUUGUGCCCAUGA